CCUUUUAUGGUCCUGUCUUUGCAUGCAUUACUGGUACGGCUAGGCAGCCACCUCUCAGGCGGUCACGAAUACCAAACAGCUACGGUCCAGAAUAAAUCCCCUUGAAUAAUAAUCAGAGGAUAGCGUCCACUACGCGGGUUUCAUUUAAAUUCCGUGAAAUAGCCUCACCCUCAACCGGUUCGCGACGAACCCUCUCCUCGGUGUAUGGCACAACGUUGGGUCAUUCUGCGCAUUUGUGUCCUGUUCGGGGCAAGUCCGUUUGUUUACAGGAAGGAUAACGUUAUGUACACACAUGACUCGUUUUGUCUUUUGUCAAACAAGCCGAGCCGAGACGGUAACGGCUGCUGUGUCUCUGUUACAGACGGUGUGUAUCAGAAUGGCACAGCUCUUGGACGGGGCCGGCAAACUGGGCUGGGUUCUGCUCAAGUCUGUGAUCCGUUUUGUGUUUAUGUUCCUCAACAACUGUGUAGCCAUCCCAUCCUACUGCCUGUACCUGCUGCUUCUCCAGCCACUGAGAAUAUGGGACAGCUCCACUUUCUGGCACAUUGAAGGAAUCAUGUUCAAAUGGUUGCUGGCCAUGGUGUCUUCGUGGGGCUGGAUUGCAGGCUACACAGUAACGGAGUGGGGUGACGAUGUACGGCCCAUCUCCGAAGAGGAAGCCAUGGUCAUCGUCAACCACCAGUCCACAGGAGAUGUGUGCACCCUCAUGAUGUGCCUGCAAGACAAGGGCACGGUGGUACGAAAAAUGAUGUGGUUGAUGGACCACGUGUUCAAAUACACUAACUUUGGCCUAGUGUCCUUGAUCCAUGGGGACUUCUUCAUCAGACAGGGUAAAGCUCAUCGAGACAAGCAGCUGGUCUACCUGAAAGAUCACCUAGACAAAUACUACCACAGCCGUGACAGGAAGUGGAUAGUACUGUUCCCCGAGGGCGGCUUCCUGCGCAAGCGGCGGGAAACCAGCCAGUUGUUUGCUAAGAAGCACUCUCUCCCCCACCUGACCCAUGUCACAUUGCCUCGUCUUGGGGCCACCCAUGUUAUCCUGAAAACCCUGUCCGCCCAGCAGGAGAACGGCAGUGUGAACAGUGAGACUGGGACCCCUAACCAGACAGGUAACAAGCGUAAAGGCCUGCAGUGGGUAAUAGAUGUGACCAUAGCGUACCCUAAAGCAACACCCAUGGACAUCCAGACCUGGAUCUUUGGCUACAGGCCUCCUACAGUCACACAUGUACAUUACAGGAUGUACCCGAUAAAAGAGGUUCCUGUGGAGGCAGAGGCCCUGACUGACUGGCUGUACCAGAGGUUUGUGGAGAAAGAAGAGUUGCUGGCCCAGUUCUACAACACAGGAUCAUUCCCCCCUCCCGAAGGACACAAGGAGGCAGUUUCCCGGCAGAUGACCCUCGACCCCGUGUGGCUGUGUAUCAUCCAGUUGUUUGCUUUUGUCUCCGCCUACAUGUGGUACAGCAUCUUCCAGUACCUCUACUGCUGUUUAUUUUGAGUGCGCUGAUGAGGCGAGAGUCUUUAUCGGACCACUGGAAAAGCCUCAGGAUCAGUUGGUGUGUGGCCCGGCGUCAUACUUGCCCCCUACGAUGGAUGAAUGUACAUUUGCAACAGUGGAGAGACUUAUCCGGAAACAAAAAACAUAUGAAGACAAGUACACAAACAAACAGAUUACCGAAACCCAUAGAAUAUGAAACUGGUCACAGGCAAAGUUAACUUACACACAACCCCUAAUACCACACACUCACUCCAACGGCCUAGUAGAAUAAUCUCUCGCACUCGUCACGACUCACAUUUUGAUGUUUACACGUCCUCAUACACGUAGACGCUCGCACGUACAUAACUUUUUAUUCAAAGUUAACAAAAUGAGGCUCAGGACUCCUCCAGAAGACGUUCUGGACCGGACUCUCUCUCUCUCUCUCUCUCUCUCUCUUCCCCUCCGAGGCUUUAGCCGUUGUAGUUUUACAGAGUAUAAAGUAUGUAUGGACGCGUGCGUGCGUGAGUGAAUAUAUGUGACUAGAAGCAUAACGUCUGCCCUUAUUCUUCCUCCUGGCAAGAGCUGAUGAAGCCCACUGGACCUCUGUUUCAGCCCGCUGACUAGCCAGCUGGCCACACCUCCCAGAGCGAGCGGCUGUACGAACGUUGAGGCUGCACAGCUGGCCGCUCCUCUGGUCUUCAUUGCACUAAGGAAUCCAUACUGCCCUAACUGCUCCCUGCCCCAGGAAAUGCUCCUCAGUGGUAGCUUUCAACGUUCUAUUUUCUUUUGAUUUCUUCCCCUUUGACCCGCAUAUCUCCACAACUACAGCCAUCGGUUUUUUCGUUGUCGUUGUUGUCGUCUUUUUUCUGUUGUUGUUGUCGUUGUUGUUGU